AUGCUUCAAGAAUUGAAUUACUCUGAAUCAGAUUCAAACUCUAAGAAGAAAAGAGGAAGAAGCUGCAAUGAUCGUCAAGGUAAGAUAUAAAAGGUUAAGGUAGCUUCGAGUUAGGAGAAGUUUGAGUUUGAAUAAUAAUAUUAGUUGUUUUAACAAUUUUAUGAAAGUAGCCAGAACGUUCCAAUAGACUUUUUGUAUCUCAAAGAAUAUUUUAAUGUUGGUUUUAAUGAUUGUCCGACAGAUGCUGAAAUUUACAAGAUUCAAAAGAAAUUACACAGCCGACGUUUCUCUCAGAGUCAAAAAAAAAGUUGGAGUUUUGAAGAAAAAAAAGUCUUGGUAUGGGUAAUUGGAAAGUAUUGUUCAUUGAAAUAGAGAAAUUGCAGAUUUUUAAAUGGUGAUGAUUUUAACGAAAUUGCAUAAUAUUUAUUUAGAAGAAAUAUCGAGAACAUCAAGUAAAAAUGGUCAUCGAUGCUCAAAACAUCCUUAAUUACGUAGCCAUUCACUUAAGAAGAGGAUUCACUUUUAUCAAAGCUCUAUGAUAAAUUUAAAAAUGAUGAAAAUAGAUGGAAGCUUAUUGCUUUAGAAAUGAAUAAAGUGAAUUAAACCUAUAGAACAAGCAAGUAAUUAAGAGAAAGAUGGAUCAAUUAUUUGGAUCCUUCAUUAAUAAAAAUAAAGGAUCCUUGGACUGACAGAGAAGAUUUGGAAUUGAUAUAUUAAAUUUAAUAAAAAGGGAAGAAAUGGACAGACAUCGCAAAACAAUUGAAAAGAAAUGAAAAUUAAGUGAAGAAUAGAUAUAAUUGCUUAUUAAAAAGGGAUGAAGUAGAUGAUGAUUUAAAUAAAUUAAUCGAUAAAAUAUUAUGGAGAAUUAGCAAAUAACCAAUUGAUGAAAUCAAAAAUAGCGAAAAGUAGAACAAUCAAAAUAACCAUAAUCAAAGUUUAUUAUUAGCUGUAGGAAACAUUGAUUUGAUAACACAAGAGGAAUCUUAUGAAUUGACUCCUUGUAUGGUUAAUCUAAAGACUAAUUAAAUCUACUUUACUCCAAUUUAUUUGUUAUAAGAAAUCCUUUAAUAUUAGUAAUUAGAUGUAAGGGAUGAAUUUGAAAAAAUAAAGAGAGAAAUGGAGAAAUUUGAACCACCUUAAUUUAGGGUGGCUUCACUGUCUGUUAUAAGCGAAGAGUAUCAACUCCCUUAAAUUUUAAAUAAUCAACAACAUUUUAUAUAGUCAUUUUCUGAUAUGCCCAACUUUGAAUCCUAAAAUUAGCCUCCCUCAAUUGAUAUAAAAUCAUAUUUAUCUCCCUUUUUUUCCAUAAUGAAUUUAUAGUAAAAGUACUUUAGACAUCGGACUGAUUUAACACUGCCAAAGAAACGGAAUUCUUUACCUUGGAAAUCUUUACCUUAGUUAUUAAUUUGUUGA